CUUAAUAAAAACAGAGAGAAAAAGUGAAAGAACUCACCACAAACAUCAAAGACUAAAAAACCCCAAUGGAUUUGAAUUCCUCUCCUUCCAAUUCCAACAACACAAUUGCUGUGAAUGGAACAAUACCUGUUGUUUCCACCUUGGCCACUGCUACCAUCACCACCACCACCCCUUUGGAAAACCCUUCUCCGGUCAACGGUUCCGGUGACCGGAAACCCAUCGCCUUGUGGCCGGGGAUGUACCAUUCUCCGGUGACAACCGCUCUAUGGGAAGCAAGGAGCAAGAUUUUCGAGAGGCUUCUUGACCCACCAAGGGAUGCUCCCCCCCAGAGUGAAUUGCUCAACAAAACGCCUUCACAGAGCAGGACCAGCAUCCUCUACAAUUUCUCAUCUGAUUUUGUUCUUAGAGAACAGUAUAGGGAUCCCUGGAAUGAGGUCCGAAUUGGGAAGUUGCUUGAAGAUCUUGAUGCCUUAGCUGGAACUAUUUCUGUCAAGCACUGUUCUGAUGAAGCCGGCACAACCAGGCCACUUAUAGUUGUCACUGCUUCUGUCGAUAAGAUUGUGCUAAAGAAGCCAAUUAGUGUUGACAUUGAUCUCAAAAUAGUUGGUUCUGUUAUAUGGGUUGGGCGCUCCUCAAUAGAGAUUCAAAUGGUGGUUACUCAGUCCAAAGAAGAGGGCAGCGAUUCAGACUCAGUAGCACUAACAGCCAACUUCAUAUUUGUUGCCCGAGAUUCAAAAACUGGGAAGGCUGCUCCAGUGAAUCGAAUUUCACCAGAAACUGCUCAUGAAAAACUUCUUUAUGAACAAGCUCAAGCAAGAAAUAAUUUGAAAAAAAGGAAAAGAGAAGGGGAAAAGAGGGACUUUCAAAAUGGGGAAGAAAAUAGACUUCAGCCCCUAUUGGCUGAGGGAAGAAUUUUCUGUGACAUGCCAGCCUUAGCUGAUCGAGACAGCAUUCUUCUGAGGGAUACCAGCCUUGAGAACUCUUUAAUGUGCCAACCACAGCAAAGGAACAUCCAUGGUCGAAUAUUUGGAGGCUUCUUGAUGCAUCGUGCAUUUGAAUUGGCUUUCUCAACAGCAUAUACCUUUGCUGGACUAGUUCCUUGCUUUCUAGAAGUUGAUCAUGUUGAUUUCCUAAGACCUGUUGAUGUAGGGGAUUUCUUGCGUCUCAAAUCCUGUGUUCUGUACACUGAACUUCACGAUCCAGAUCAGCCACUUAUCAAUGUUGAAGUUGUUGCUCAUGUUACAAGACCUGAGCUGCGAUCGAGUGAGGUAUCAAACACUUUCCAUUUCACUUUCACAGUACGUCCAGAGGCAAAGGCAAUGAAAAAUGGAUUCAAGCUUCGAAAUGUAGUACCAGCAACGGAGGAAGAAGCACGCCGUAUAUUAGAGCGCAUAGAUGCUGACAACUUGAAUGAAUUCUUCAGAACAUAAGAAGAGAAACAACAAUUAGCUGGUAAACUAUUUAAAACAUCUACUACUACUAAUUAUGUGAGCAGAAGUUCAAAGAUUAGCUCUUAUAUAAUAAAUUUACCGUCCAAUCAUUGAGGGCUCAAGUUUGCCUUAUAUAUCUGGCAUCAUAGGACUUGAUAGAAGGUAACUGGCUCUUAGAUAACAUGUAUAUGAAACUUAUUUCAGUAGGCACCUGCUCAUAUAAUAGAUGAAGACUAUAUUGUCUGGCGUGAAUUUAUCUACCUCCUAGCUUGUUUGUCUUCACAUGUUUAUUGUAAUUUUAAACCUUGAUUAAGCAGC